UCUCUCUCCUCUUCUUCGUUUUUUGAUUUCGUCUUCGUUUUCGCUUUUUAGUUCUCUGUUUCUCUUGGUUUUCUGGGUUUAAGGUUCUUCUGUAAGUUCUCUAGGUAUUAGGAGAUCCAAAUAUUUUGGUCUCUGCGAUCUAGGGUUUUCGAAUUGAGGGGUUUUGUUCUUCCGUUCCUUCGGAUUUGUAUUUUCACCUUUCGAUUGGGUCUAGGGCUUGAGAAUUCGUUGAUCUUCUGAAUUAGACCAAUGAAUUUAGAAUUUCUAUGACAUUUUCUCCCCUGAUGCGGCGAAUCCGUUUGCUCCACUCGUUCUCUGUCGUGUUCCUCUACUGGUUCUACGUUUUCUCAUGAACUAAUUCAUCUUCAACCGAAAAUCUAUUCAAUUCUCUGAUUCAUAUUCCAUUCUUUUUGUUUCAAUUCUGAUCCCCAGUUUUUUUCCAACCUAAUCGUUUAGAUUCCUAAUUUUUACCCCGAGUAUUAAGAACUUUCCUAAUCUAAUUGUUGAGUUUCUGAGACAAGAAAGACGACAUAUGGCAUCGAUUCAACGCCAGGCGAGCUCUGGAUCGGACGGGUCUCCGGUGAUCGACGAGAGGAAGAGGAAGCGGAUGCUCUCCAACCGCGAGUCGGCGCGGCGGUCGCGGAUGAGGAAGCAGAAGCAGAUGGAGGAUCUGACGAGCGAGGCCAGCCGUCUGCAGAUCUCCAGCGGUCAGAUCCGGCAGAGCCUCAACGCCAAGGAGCAGGCCUACGUUCAGAUGGAGUCUACCAACGAUGUGCUGAGGGCUCAGAUCAUGGAGCUCACCGACCGCCUCCGCUCUCUCAAUGCCGUGCUUCACGUCAUAGAGGAGGUCAGCGGUCUCGCCGUCGACAUUCCCGAGAUCCCCGACCCUCUCAUGAGGCCUUGGCAGCACUCCACUCCCGUGCAGCCCAUCACUGCCUCAGCGGACAUGUUCCUCAAUUGAAACUGCUUUGUGUUAUCUAUGGCUUCUGUGGUCUGGCUUUGUUGGUUCUAGGUUUAUUGGUUGUUGGUCCUUUUUUCGUGUGGUUAAUUUCUUGUUUUUUUUUUUGGUUGUUAGUUUUAAGGAUCUGUCUUUGAAUUAUUAGGCCUGUUUAUGGUUUUCGUUGGUGUUGCAGUUUGAAUGUACAAAGUUUAAUCCUUGGCUUGUCAAAUGGGAUGAUUGUGCUUUCUUUUCAUAUCUUGGGGCCUUAAAUGUGAGAUCUUUGGUGUUUUCAUAUGAUUUUGGGCAUGCAAAAUCAUCAAAUGCGACAUUCAAAAAAUAUAUAUAUAUAUCAUCAAAUGCGAGAUCUUUAUGUUUCGA